GUCCUGAUCAAGCCAUCGGCACAUACAUAAAUGCGCAGAUGAUAGAUAGAUGCUGUAGUGAGCGAUAUACCUGGCACAGCUGUAAUAUUUGGUUUAGGAGAGAUAAAGAUAAUGUAAAAAUGCAUCAAAGCAUCAUUGGUCUAGUGGUAGAAUUCAUCGUUGCCAUCGAUGAGGCCCGUGUUCGAUUCACGGAUGAUGCAUCUUAUUUUCUACCCGAGCUUCACACCUCUUCUUCUUUUUGUCGUGUUACGAACACGGGUUCGAUUCUCGCAAAGGGUGACUCGAUGUUACUUUUUGCUGUAUGGUGCUUUGGUUUGUUGUGAGUUGACUUUGCAUGUUGGUAAGGUGUACAGUAGUCUUUUGUUUGGGUGUGGGUGUAGAUGCCAGGAAGCUGAAGAAAAGGGGGUCUGGGGGUUC